AUCAUUUCUCAGACGUUAUCCCCCACCUGGAACCAGAUGCUGCUUUUCAACAGCGUUGUGCUUCAUGGCGACAGAGAGGAGAUUGCUCAGUUCCCACCAGAGAUAGUAAUCGAGCUGUAUGAUGACGAUGCAGUGGGUAAGGCAGAAUAUAUUGGUUCUACGGUGGCUGCUCCUGUGGUGAGACUUGCUGAUCAAAACUAUGAGCCACCUAAACUUUCUUACCACCCACUGCACUGUGGAAAUCUUUCAGGAGGAGACCUUCUUGCUACAUUUGAGCUUCUGGAGAUUCCUGAGUCAGAUCCAAGCAGACUUCCCCCACUGGAUCCACCAGAUGUUAGCCAGAUUUACCCAGUUCCAGCUAACAUCCGACCUGUUUUAAGCAAGUAUAGAGUGGAGGUCCUGUUCUGGGGUGUUCGAGAGCUGAAAAAAGUCCAGCUCCUUUCUGUAGAUCGUCCCCAGGUUCUCAUUGAAUGCGCAGGGAAAGGAGUGAAAUCCUCUGUCAUCCAGAGCUACAAGAAAAAUCCAAAUUUCAGUGGCCUUGCAGACUGGUUUGAAGUGGAGCUGCCUGAAAAUGAACUCUUACAUCCACCACUAAGCAUCUGCGUGGUCGACUGGAGAGCGUUUGGGAGGAGUACUCUUGUUGGAACACAUACCAUCAAUUGCCUUAAGCAAUUCCUAUGUAAGACCCAGUUGGGUCCUCAAGCUACACCAAACAGACUAGACACUGUAGAAAUUGAGGAAGCUUCCCCCGAGUCAUCCCAGCAUGCUGAGGUAGCCCAAGAAGAACCAGUUUUAGCUGAUCACAUCUAUGCCGAGGUGGAACAAGGUAAAUGCACAGUGGUAGAGCCAGACCCAUAUAUUGCAACACUUCCUGCCUCUGAACCAGAGCACUCUGCCGCUGAACCAGGGAAAGACAGAAAACAGAAGGAUACGAAAAAGUCCAUCCGUAGGUCAACAAAGAGGAAAAAAAGAACGAUUGCAGAUGAAUCAGCUGAAAAUGUUAUUGACUGGUGGUCAAAAUACUAUGCUUCUGUGCUCAAAAUGCAAAAGGCAAAAGGAAUUUUUUCCGGUGAGGGAAAACCCGAAGACAAUAAGCAGACUUCUGACCACGUUGCAUUGAUCAUAGAAGAGGAGCCAGACAAAAAGAAAAAGGAUAAGACAUUGAAAAAGAAACAGAAAGAAACUCCAAAUCUAGCAACACUGCAGAUUUAUGAAGGAGACUUGGAGAGUGAAUUUAACAACUUUGAGGACUGGGUGAAAACUUUCCAGCUCUUAAGAGGAAAAUCUAAUGAUGAAGUUCAUGCUGACUCUGAAGAUAGAAUAAUAGGAAAAUUUAAGGGCUCCUUCUGCAUAUACCCAAGUCCUGAGGAUGGCAGCUUGCUGGACGGAGGGCAGCCUCGCAUCCUGCAAGGGAUACCACCAAACCACUCUGUCAAAGUCCUCAUCAGGGUUUAUAUUGUGGCAGCAUUUAACCUCAGCCCAGCUGAUCCAGAUGGCAAGUCAGAUCCCUACAUUGUGCUGAGACUGGGCAACACAGAAAUUAAAGACAGGGAAAACUACAUCCCCAAGCAGCUAAACCCGGUAUUUGGAAGAUCAUUUGAAAUCCAAGCUACAUUCCCUAAAGAUUCCUUGCUCACAGUCCUGAUCUAUGACCAUGACUUUGUGGGAACAGAUGAUCUCAUUGGAGAGACUAAAAUUGAUUUGGAAAAUCGUUUCUACAGCAGGCAUCGAGCUACCUGUGGGUUACAAAGUCAAUAUGAAAUAGAAGGGUACAAUGCGUGGCGAGAUGCAACCAAGCCAAGCGAGAUCCUCACUAAGCUGUGUAAGGACUACAGAAUAAGUGGACCUUUCAUGCAACCAGGGGAGAUACAAGUAGGAACAAAAAUCUUUAAGGGACAGACAGUCUUCACAGAAGAUGAGAACGAGGAGCCAGUUGAAUCGUAUGAACAUCUCUCCUUAAAGGUUUUACGUGCAUGGGAAGAAAUCCCUGGAGCUGGAUACAAACUGGUCCCAGAGCACAUUGAGACUCGGCCUCUCUACCAUAAGGAUAAGCCAGGCAUGGAACAGGGUCGUAUACAAAUGUGGGUCGACAUGUUUCCUAAAGAUAUGCCUCUGCCCGGGCCCCCAGUGGAUAUUUCACCAAGAAAACCCAAAGGCUAUGAACUGAGGGUAAUAAUCUGGAAUACAGAAGAUGUAAUUCUAGAAGAUGAAAAUAUCUUUACAGGGCAAAAAUCAAGUGAUAUCUAUGUAAAAGGGUGGAUAAAGAGCCUGGAGGAAGACAAGCAGGAGACAGAUGUACAUUACAACUCCUUGACAGGAGAGGGCAACUUCAACUGGCGCUUUGUGUUCCCGUUCCACUAUCUCCCAGCAGAGAAACAGAUGGUGGUUAGUAAAAGAGAAAACAUAUUUUCCUUGGAAAAGACAGAGCGCAAAAUACCUGCUGAGCUGGUGCUUCAAGUGUGGGACUUUGAAAGACUCUCUUCAGAUGAUUUCUUGGGCACUCUUGAACUGAACCUUAAUGGAUUCCCUCGAGCAGCAAAGACAGCCAAGAGCUGUGACCUAGGCAUAGUUGUGGCAGCAAGUGAAGAAAACACGAUCUCCAUAUUUCAGCAAAAGCGCGUCAGAGGCUGGUGGCCUUUCAUCAAGGCUGGGGAGCUCACGGGCAAGGUAGAAGCCGAGUUUCACUUAGUCACAGCAGAAGAAGCUGAGAAGAAUCCAGUAGGCAAAGCUCGAAAGGAGCCUGAGCCCUUGGAAAAACCCAACCGACCAGACACAUCAUUCUCUUGGUUUGUAAAUCCUUUCAAGUGUUUGUAUCAUCUGAUCUGGAGAAAUUACAAGAAGUACAUCAUCAUUGGCAUAAUUCUACUUAUUCUUGUUGUCUUCUUGGUGCUCUUCAUCUACACUUUGCCAGGUGCAAUCAGUCACAGGAUCGUUGUAGGAUGAGCACAGAUUAUGGCUCUUACUGUAACCAAUCAUAUAC